AUGAAUACCCAUAAGGUGGUAUGUUUCAAUGUUGCACUGCAGACAUACUUAGCAAUCAAUGGAGAGACACCCCAUGUGAUCAGGAUAACGGAAAGGGGAGAGUUCAUCUCAGAAUUGAUGCCUGGUUUUGUGAGUGAAUGGCUGGUUUUGCCGGUGUCUUCGUACCGCAGUGAUGUUCUACUCUUGAGCAAGUCUGCCAACAUAACAACAGCUUACGUCUGGGCAGGCGCUAACAGGGGAUUCAACACUGUCUCGAUACCUAACUGUGACGGGUGUCUGGAAGGAGAUUGGGCUGGAGCUGUUUCAGUUCCAUUUCAGCGGCAGAACUGUCUUCUGAUACCUCGCGUUGAAAACUUCUCUAAUCUUGUGGCUGUAGGGACAUCACUGAUCAGCAACAAUCCCAUCAUGGAUAAAUUAAGAGCAACGGUCAACAAGAUGAAUAAAAUUCAGGAUGAAUGGCAACAAAUAAAAUCAAAGAUUGAGGAGGUUGAGGAAACCUUGCAUUUUGUUGUGAAAAAGAAAGGAGUCAACGUGAUAACUGGAAAAUGGACUGUGGGCAGACUGGAGGGUCCAAGUGUAAAGUAUAACUCAAUGAUCAAACCACAAAAUGAGACCGAAAUGUCCCAAGAGACAACAGAAACUGAGGGACUGCUACAAUUGGGAUCACUCGAGAACUCUGUGAAAAACUUAAUCGCUGAGGGAAGUGAAGUGAUCCAAGCUGUAGAAGAAAGAGAGAAUCAAGCUUGGGGUCUUAGUGGUUUCAAGGGAAAGGUGAAUUUCAAGGGGAAGUUGAGUAUCAACAAUCUUACCAUUACUCAUCUCAAUGGCGAACAUAUGGAUCAACUACUACACAAUACGUUCAGGAAAGACAAACCGAGUCCAAUACAGCAUCAGGUGAUUGUGGAAUCACUCAAGACAGAAGAUAUUUUCAUCAAUAGAAUAAACAACUUGACAAGAGAGGACCUCAAGUUCGCCGACGGACCUGUGGUGAUAAGAGGCAAUGUUACACUAAGCAAGCCACUGACUGUGAGAGGGGAGGUGGAGUUAGAAGAUGGGGGGAGAGUUAACGGAGUUGAUCUGUCAGAGGAGUUUUGUAAAGGGCAAGAAAAAUGCACAGUCUUUCCAAUGGUGUACUUGGAUGAAGAAGAAGUGAGAAAUGGGGAUUUGAACAACAAUAUUGACAAAGGUCCAGCUGACAGUAUAAGUGAUCAUGUGUGGAGCAAAACCCUAGCGGGCAAAAACCUAACAGUAGUCAAAAUCAAUGGAGUAGACUGGAAAACACUCACGGAUAAUGUUGUCUACAAGGAUAAAUAUCAACAUAUAAACGGAACUGUUGAUGUUAAAGGGAGGGUGACAUCAGACCCUGCUGUAUGGUCUGACAGGUUCCAGUCUCUGCACAAGUCUCAGUCUAGAGCCUCUGACUCCUCCAGGUCUUCUCCCAUUGUAGAAGCUCCUGCACCACCUGCUUCUGACGAAGGAAAGAUUUUAGAUGAACUGGCGUCAGGCUCCACUCUGAUUGUGUCAGAACUAGAAGUGACCGGAAGUGUAACAGUGGUGGAGAGUGAGUGGGGUGUACAAGCAGCUGACGUGGUGCUCAGUGAUGCCAACCCUAUUGUGAUAGAGGGGGCUAAGACUUUCACUGGUGCUGUCAAUGUUACCAACAACGCAGAGGUGGAAGGCACUGUCGGUGGUGUCGUGUUGUCACACCUGUUUACAAAAGAUACCAAGCAGGUGCUUACAGGCCCUACAACAUUACAAGGAGACAUAACAGUUGACAACCUCACUUUGACUGGUCUAUGGAACGGAAAGACCUUAUCUGACCUUGAGAAAGACAAAUCUGAGAGUUUUAUAACAGCAGCUGAUACCAUCAACGUGUUAGAAACCAUCAACCAAGUCCCGGUGUCUGAUUUUGUCUUCACUGGAGAUGAUGGUGUUGCCGUGAUAAAAAGUGGUAGUGUCGAGCAGCUGAUGGUUACUGAGAACAUUGUUGUUGGUGGAAAGGUUUGUGGAGUAAGCUUAGAUGAUUUUAAUGAAAGACGGCUGAGCUUAUCAAAAGAACAGAAUAUUACAGGAAAUGUUGUAAUAGCAGAAGCCAAAGUUACUGCUGACUUUCAAGCUGAAAAUCUCAGUCUUAUGGGAAAUCCUUUGCUUACCGAGGAUGUUGAGUCGGAAAUUGUGGAUGGAUUGCACUUUUCAGAGCUGCAUGUGAAUGGAGACAUUAUAACAUAUGAAGGUGUUAACGGCUUCAAUCUAUCAGAGGUAGCUGCAAACGCUGUGUGGCUCGAGGAUAAUAAUGAAAUCGAAGGUCCUCUCAUUUUCAAGGAUGGAGUGGAAUUUAAAAUCCUGGAAGGCCAAGGAAUGUGCAAUGACAUGGUGUGUGAAGAUUGGCUACGCAUUGAUGAUGUGGUUUAUAAACACAACGACUCUGUUACUUUCACAGGGAACAAAAAGUUUACACAAGUUAUGAAUAUCUCUGAAGACCUUGAAGUUGAAACAAUUAAUGACCAUAAAUUUGAAAAUGUUCUUACAAAGACUACAGCACAAGAGAUAUCAGGAGAUUUGUUCAUUGGAGGAGAUGUAAGGAUUGAAGAGGACUCUACAGUUCUUGGACAGCUGAAUAACCAAAAUAUAACAGAGUUUGGUCACCGAUGUUCAGUUUCUGAAAACACCAUUACAUGUAAAGGAAAUGCUGAGUUCAAGGAAUCGGUGGAGGUUGAACAUUUAAGAACUUCAGGCAAGAUAAAGGGUGUCAACUUUCGAACUUUCUUAAAGACUGUCGUUAGAACUGACAGUCCCCAACAUUUCGCAGGUCUAAAGAAAUUUGUCGGAAACGUGCACAUGGAAAGUCUAAGAGAUGUAGAUCAGUUGAACGGAGAGAGCUGGGACAAUUUUCUGUUGGACGCUGUGAGUGCAGUUGACGUGGAGCAGGUUGACAGGGAUGUCACCUUCUCUGACUCGCUGACACUCGGCACACUGUCUGUGGACUACCAAAUGUCAACCGAUACUGUCAACAGUGUCGAUAUCUCACAGUGGAGGACUGACGCCAUCUACAUCAACGAGUCACAGUCUUUGGAAAGAGAGAUAGUGCUGGAGACAGCAGUCAGCGCAGGUAACGUGUCAGUAGAGAUGUAUGGAGGGCUGAGUCUAGAACAUGAUGUGAUCCACCUCCACUCUGCGUCUAAUCUGCCCUACCUCAGAGCUCGGUCUGUCACAGUCCUGGGCGAAUUGGAGGUGAUGGACAAGGUCAACGGAAAAUAUCUAGUGGAAGUGGAACGGAACACUCUUAAGACGUCAGGGGACCAGGUGGUACAGUCAGAUCUGAUAGUAGGAGACCUGAUAGUGGAGGGAGAUGUAGAGACGGAGGCUCUGGUAGAUGAACAUCAACUCAGAGAUGCGGUUACUCUAACCUCCGAUCAAACACUUUAUGGAAAAUAUGAGUUUGAUUGCAUGGAGGUCCAAGGGAAUGUUAGUUCAUCAGAAAUUAUUUCUGGAAUAAACUUGACCUCCUGGACACAGAAUGGAGUUUUGAAAAGUGGAAGGCUGCAGAACAUCUCGGGUGUGUGGAGUGUACAAGGACCUGUAGAACUAAAGGGUCCAGUAUCAGGUAGAGGCAGACUGGCUGAUGUAGACUUGCAACAACUUACUGACAACAUCACUUCUAGCCUACUGGACAUUCAUGCUGAGAUGAAGAGUAACCUCACUGGGGCCUGUGAUGAGGCUAAUGCUCAGCUAGCCUCUGCCAGGGGUCAGCAUUGCAAGCUGCUUUAUCUAGACACCACUCAGACCUUCUCAGUGCCCUCUGGCCCUUCCCUAGUCACUCACUUUAAGAGUGGUGAUGAGGACUACCUUGCUGUCAGUGAGAAGAGUUGCACUACAACCAUAUACAAGUGGAACAGAAACACCGGUACAUUUGUGACUCUCAACAGAGAAAUGUUUGGCCAUUCGCUGAAAAGCUUUAUCAUCUUGAACUAUGAACAAAUAACUUACGUCCUGACUGAGUCUUCUGAAAUCUCUGCGGACUGUAACAUCCCAGGGCUAAACCUUUGGAUCUUUAUGAGAGAUCACUUUAAGCAUGUUACCAAUGUCAACUUCUUCUCCGGAGAUCUCUUCCAGGGAGAAGGAAACACACUUUACAUUGCCAACUCUGUUGGAAUGUUCAAGUACGAGAUGUAUUUUGAUAAUACAGAAGGAAAAGCAUAUUUUACCUCGUCUCCCCAUCGUUGGAAUAUCACAGCAGAUGUACCCAAGGCAUGGUCAGGUGCUGUACAUUACCAGUGGCUGUCUGGUGUGUAUGAGACCAGCAACUGUAGUGGACAAGUGAUCAGCAUAUCUGCUGACCCAGCCAGUCAGUUUGUAGCUAUGGCCUCCACUGAGCCUGCUGAAGUACCCAGGCAUGCUGAUUAUAUCAAGGUGUAUCGCCGAGACGGCCGAUUGUUUGACAAGUUGCCAGCCCUGAGAGUCGCUCAGCUCCAGUGGUUGUCAGUGCCUGGACAGACCUGGCUGAUGGCUCUACAGAAUCACUCCACUCUCAAUCUGUAUCAGCUUCAAGGGCCACUAAUCGGGUUUCAGCCACAGAUGUCUAUGCAGACAGAUGCGAAGGUUGUGACAAGCGUUGCUUUACCUCUAGCUUCUAAAGUUAACUUGCAGCCAUACAUACUCAUCCAGUCUCUAGCCUAUGUCAGAGUUGUCAGGGCUUUUAUACAAGGUGAUCCGUAUCUAGGCCAGAAUCUUAGUUGCGAAUUUGAUCAAGUUUUGAAACGGGUUCCUAGAAAGUAGUCAAUAAUUUGUAUUUUAUGUUGAAUGUUAAUCAAUGUUGAAACAAGUGCCUGGAAAGUAGUAAUUUUAUGCUUCCUUGUUUUGUAACCAGGUUUGGUCGAAUUUUGAAACAUAUUUCUAGAAAGUAGUAAUUUAAUUUGGGUUUUGUAUUUCUGGUAAAAAAUUUCCUUUGUUUUUAACUGUGUAAGAUUAAUAUUGAAACAAGUUUCUGUAGUGAUUUUACCCUGGUUUUGUAUUUGAUAUGGAAAUAUCUUGACUUGUUUUCCAACUGAGUCGUACAAGAAUUGUGAUAACUGCCCUGAAUUCAGGACAAUUAAUUUGUUAGUAGUGUAGUUUUGUUACUAUUGAAUAUUUUGUGUGUGUUUAUUAGCUUAGUUAUCUGCUAGUUCUUGACUAUUUGUGAUGUAUAAUGUAAAGUGUUUGUGUCUAGGAAUAGUGGUAAAUGUUAAAAGAAACAUUUAAGACUGAAAACCUAAGACUUGUCUUUAAAAUAUAGUAAUUUAUGAGUACAACUGUUGUAACUGUAAGACUGAUUCUGCCUUGUAAAUUUUGUUAGUAGUAACUUAGCAACUUUUGUGAUAUAAAGUGAUAUUUUGGAAAUACAAUGUAAGCUAAACUACA